AGACAGAUCGGCACAUAUUAUUGUAAACAUCAUCUCAAGAUUUAAUUCACCAUACUGUCUAACAUAAUUCAGUCACAUCAUGGAUGAAAGGAAGACUGUUGUAGUGACAGGUUUUGAGCCCUUCGGUGAACACACUGUAAAUGCGAGCUGGGUGGCAGUACAGGAACUGGAGAGAUUGGGUUUGCAUCAGGAUGUGGACUUGCAUGUCGCCGAAGUACCCGUGGAGUACCAGGCGGUUCAGAACCUUCUGCCAUCAUUGUGGAACAAGUACCACCCACAGUUAGUGGUCCAUGUAGGAGUCUCUGGAAUGGCUACAACAGUAACCCUUGAAAAAUGUGGCCACAACCAUGGUUACAAGCGCCUUGACAACUGCAGUUUCUGUCCCGAAUCCCAAUGCUGUGUGGAAGGUGGUCCAGACUGUAUCCACUCAGUCAUAGACAUGGAUUCUGUGUGCAAGAGGGUGAAUGCCUCAGGUCUAGGAGUCACUGUAUCAGUGUCCAAGGAUGCUGGCAGAUACUUAUGUGACUAUACCUACUACUCAUCUCUUCAUUUGAGCCAGGGCAGAGCAGCCUUUGUGCACGUGCCUCCUCUUGGGAGGCCCUACAGUGCCCAGGACCUAGCCCGUGCUCUCCGAGCCAUCAUCCUGGAGAUGCUGGAACUACUGGAUCAGAAUAAGGAAAAGCAUCAUUGUCAGCACAGUCAAUGAGAGCAUAUGAGCGAGUCUCAACAGGCUCACCUGUCUAUUUAGUACAAUGCGUAUAUUUAGCAGAUUUAUAUUGAACGAUGUCACAGUACCACAUACUGCACAAGAAAUGGUGAGUCACAUGAGGUGAAGCCCAUAGGUUAACUACUGCUGCUGCUCCCAGAUAAGAUAUGAUGGCACUUUAAAGGGUAUUAUGAAAAGGUGCAAAAACAUGGUACUGUGUGAACAAAACUUACAAUGAUAUUUUGUUUGAUUAAUGCAGGGUCUUAAAUCAAAUAAUUCUCUCUCACAAGAAAAAGAAUCAUUUGUUUUUUUAAUUCCGCUGUAACAUAUUGAACAUUUUUUUCCCAAUGUUUUAUGAUGGUCAAAGAGGACAGUUGAAUUGCUAUUAAAUUAAAUAGUAAAGCACUUAACUGAGUCAGAAACCACUCGAAGUAGUCUUGGUCCCACAGCCAAAAAACGAAUUAUCGAGGUUAUACCUCAAGAGCUGUUUAUUUUCCACAUGUAAUGUGACAGUACUGAUAUGCCAUACAUACAUACUGGUAUAAAAUAUUAUUAUAAGUUUAAAGCAUGGUUCCUGCAUAUUUGCAACUUUUCAGUAUAUCCUUAAAAACACACUGGACAGAAGGCUAAAAAGUUGUUAACCCCAUAGUUCAUUAUGUUUUGUCUCAAUAGUAAAACCUGUCCAUAUAUUUUUUAGAAGUAGGGACAGGAAAGGGUGGGUGCAUUUAGGUUACAGUGGAAGGAGAGGGGCAAAUUAUGUACAAUAUUGAAUUUUAAAAUUAUAAUGCUAUUGGAUAGUGUUCCACAUAAAGGAGGACUAUGCCUAAUCUCUUAGCGUUUGGUUCAUGUGAGCUCUGU